GUUAUCCCGCAUCGCGACGAAGCCGUACACCUCGAGCGGCCACGGGAAGCUGAGCGCCGCCGGCUCGAUCCCCGUCACCGCGACGGAGUAGACCUGCGCCGUGUCGUCCACUCCGACCAAGCGCCGCCUCUCCUCCGCGUCCUCGUCCCCGUCCCCGUCCCCGUCCAGGCGCUGCUGCCCCUUCACGUCCCCAUCCCUGUCCAGGAGCCGCCGCCGCCGUCCCCGGUUCCUCUCGUUUGCCUCCUCUGCAAUCCGGAUAUACAACACCACCCCCUCGGCUGCCUCCUCUCCAAUCCGGAUCCACCACGGCGCCUCCACCUUCUUGGAUUUGUACAUCCAGAGCACUUGUGCUAUAUCUGGUGAAGGGUUGUACGAGGGGAUUGAUUGACUUUCUGACAAUACUGCCAACAAGGGCUUGCUAGGUGCUACGACCAGAUCAAGAACAAGUCAUACUGAAAAUCAAGUUGCAGCCAUAGUGCCUCUGACCAGAUCAGGAUUUGAGGUACAACUGCAAGCACCGGGGGGCCAGGCGCAGGGCACUCCCCUCUGCAACUGCCGAGAAGCCGGUGGGAUGGAUGAUGCGGCGCUUCUUGCUGGAGCAGGGGUCCCCGCCGCCGCGGCGCCCCCUGCGGCGGCGGCCGGAGCCGCCGUGAUGGGCGUCUUCAAGUACAAUUUUGCUGCGCAGUUCCUCUCAAGGGUUAUUCCAUUCGUGUUCAACAUCUGGUUUGUGCGCCAGCUCGGCGCAGAUGACGGCGCGGUGUCGGCAUUCGCAUUGCAGCUUCCUCUAUUCAUGAACUGCAUCUUAUUUUUAAGCCGGGAGGGGUUUCGGCGUGCAUGCUUGCGUAAUGAUUCCCAGAGUGAUGUGUUGACUGAUGAAGCGGUACUAAAGGUAGCUUGGAUGGUAGUUCCAUUUGCCAUUGUAAUUACUUCUAUUGGUAGCCUAUUUGUGCUAAGUGUAAAGAAAUUGAAGCUAUCUGACCCCUAUGCGAAAGCUAUAUUGAUCAUCGGAUUUGCUUGUAUUCUGGAGUUACUGGCAGAACCAUUGUAUAUUAUUUCCCAGAAAAAGAAGUACUAUAACAUAAGAGUGUACGCUGAGCCGGCAGCUACACUCUUCCGUUGUUUAACAACUUUCAUCCUUGUAAAAGGACAUAUUAAAGUGCACAAGCUGGUUCUUGUUUCUUUGUCCCAGGUUGUCUAUGGGGCCUUCAUUUUCUUUGGAUAUUGUUCAUAUUUUCUUAUAUUUACUGAUAUGAAAAUUUCUGAUCUCCUUCCAUUAAGGUUAUCGAACCUGAUGGACUACGAUAAACAGUUAUUGCACAUGUGCAUGUUGUUUACAGGCCAGACUUUCAGGAAACUGAUCCUCCAAGAAGGCGAGAAAUUUGUCCUUGUGUCAUUUGAUACUCCAUACAACCAGGCUGCAUAUGGUCUUGUGGAUAAAUUAGGUAGUCUGGUUGUUCGGAUAGUUUUCCUGCCAUUUGAGGAGAGUUCAUAUACUACAUUUGCCCGAUUGGCAGGAGAAACUCCCCUAAAUAUAUCCAAUCUUGAAGGUUCUUUGCUUGGGGCUCUAAAGCUUAUUAUGCUAAUAGGUUUGGUGAUCAUUUCAUUUGGUCCAAGUUAUUCAUAUACCCUUCUAAAACUACUCUAUGGGGACAGACACAGUGAUAGAGAAGCCCCCGUUAUUCUUCGUUACUAUUGUUUUUAUAUCAUCAGCUUAGCAAUGAAUGGCACAUCUGAAGCUUUUCUUCAUGCUGUUGCAAAUGAAAACCAACUUAAGCAGUCAAAUGAUAUGCUGCUUCUUUUCUCGGUGAUUUACAUAAUUCUGAAUGUUGUUCUGAUUAAAUCUGCUGGAGCUCUUGGGUUAAUUGCUGCUAAUUGCAUCAAUAUGUUGCUACGAAUCACAUAUUCUGCAAUGUUUAUCAAAAACUAUUUCAAGGGCUCAUUCUCCUUCCGGCGCUGCGUGCCAGCAGGAUGGGGCAUUUUACUCAUUUCUGCUCUAACCACAGUUUUCUCUGAGAGGGUGUUCUUGAACAGAACACGGUUUAAGCAGACCGUUCCCAUUCACAUAGCAAUUGGCAUCAUGUGCCUGAGCAUCUCGUCAUUUGAGAUAUACCGUGGCGAGAAGCAGUUCUUGAGGCAGAUCUUUGGAACACUGAAUCAUCAUGACAAAAGUCAAUAAUUUUAUACUGCUCUUCCCAUAAGACGCACGCAGCACGUUUCAUACACGCAGAUUGUCUUGACAUAAAGAGAACUGUAGUAUAGUGGUGGUUGUGUAAGUCGAUGGUGCGUAUUCAGCAGUUUGAUUUAUAGAAAACAGAGGAGGAUUAGUCAGUGGGUUAGAUAGGCAACAUAUCUUUAUCUUUUCUUUAAAUCAGUUAGGUCUAUUCUUUUGCUAGGAAAUCUUUUCUUUAAAUCAGUUAGGUCUAUUCUUUUGCUAGGAAAGAAAGUUUGUAAUAUAGUCAACCAGACGGCUCAAACAGGUUUGAGGGAACGCAGAAAUAUAUGUGCGCUCGCUGUAACUUACCUGUGAUAAUUAUUGUAACUCGUUUUGCACAUUUCGGUCCAAGUAAUUAGUGAUCUGGAUCUCA